AUGAAAAGGUCGGGUGAAGUAAAAAACAUGUGGCCGUUGCACUGCCUCGCCCUCCUGCUCUGUGUGGUGGCUCUGUGCAUUCAGAUAGUGGACUGUGGCAACCAAAGCUCCAGAGGAGAGACAGGGUCAUCACAGGAAAGGACAGGGACUUGUGAAGUGGUUGCAGCUCAUCGAUGCUGCAACAAGAACAAGAUUGAAGAACGCUCUCAAACAGUCAAGUGCUCUUGCUUUCCAGGACAGGUGGCCGGCACAACAAGGGCCUUACCCUCUUGUGUGGAAGCAUCCAUUGUCCGUCAGAAGUGGUGGUGUAAAAUGGAGCCGUGUCUGGAGGGGGAGGAGUGCCGAGUUCUCCCUGACCUCACGGGCUGGUCAUGCAUCUCCGGGAACAAAGUCAAGACCACCAAGGUGGCCCGAUAGCAAAGCAGAGGAGGCAUUUUAACAGUACAAGUCUGUGGAAGCAGUCACCUCCAUGUACAUGGGACCCUGAGGACAGCGAACGCCUCACCAGAUAGGCCAAAACAAUAUAGAUUUAAUUAGAUAUCUCCUGGCUGAGCUUUCAAACCGCGGGAACUCGUUAUUUUAAUUUCCUUUAGCUCAAGCACACUUCUAGUCUGGAUUAAUCCCAUGGAGUGGACAAUCUAUUAGCGGCUCAGCACAGAUAAAAUGACGUGGCUGCUUUUUUUAGACAUCAGAAAGGAAAUCUCUUGCUGAAGUCACUGUUGGAGACUUGAUAUUCUGGGCAUAUUGUGAUGCACUCAAUCAAAGUUUGGAUGGGUCCACUGCAGACUUUGAGAGAUGGAGGUUUUAGUGGAUUUUCAGGUGCUUCUGUGUGAAUCCAGCAGGCGACUUUUCUUUCUGCCAAUCAAAGCCGGGAGCUCACAAACACUGAGAAAUUUAUGAGUAGGUCGCGUUGGUGGAUGAAUACCUGGAGUUUGGUAAAGGGGUCAGAUCCCUUUAGACUUCUCUUCCCACAACGAGAUAUUCAU